AUGCGGAGAGCGCGGCGUAACGGCAUACAGCAGGGAACCGGGCACAGUGGGAAACCACGUGACAACACAAAAUCGGCCGAUCACGAACCACUAGGGACCGGCGAACGGGGAUGCAAAUACGCACUCAACCACGCGAAAAUCGAGAAAAGUAUAAUAAGAACGCGGUCGAUGGUUAGUCACACGUACGGUGAAUGGCUUUCGGAAUCGACGGUACUGACCACAGGACCGGAAUGGCGCGUUGACACAAACGUGGUCGAAACGGCCGAGCACAGACUAAAACACGAUGCGAGAGCACGCGCGUAUGCACAACGGCGUGUAAACGGUUGUAAGCGUGUAAAACGAAAGAAAACGCGUACUCCGGAGGGAUCCGGGGACGAACACAACACAACGGUCAAAUAUGGCGCGGGUACGAAAAAACACAAAACGAAACACACGACCGGCCAAGCACGGACGGGCGUACGAGAGAGAACUAGUUUUGCGGCGAUAGCCCGCGGCUGGAAGCGCGACGCGGCGCGAUCCAGGGUGGUGGAGGAGGUCGGGGGGUCAACUUCGCGAAUGUUCGACACCCGACGCGAUGUCCAGCGGAGCAACGGUGGUGUUGCACAAACAGAGACAUUUGUCUAA